GGAGCCGACAGUACAAGCCAAAGCAACAAUUUCAAUCGGACUAUCCAAACCAUCCAAUAAAGACCAGAAUGGUCUUCAAGCUCAUUCAUCCCGCUCCGCUCACGGAGAAAAUGCGAUCUCGAGACGGGUGCAUAUACUUGUACAGGGCCAUGAAGUUCAUCGGCUGGCGACCCCCCAAGGAAGGCGUGCUGCGGUACCUGUACCUCUUCUGGACACUAAUGACGUUUGUGUGGUCCACAACCUACUUGCCUCUGGGCUUUUUGGGUAGUUACAUGACGCAGAUCAAGUCCUUCUCGCCGGGCGAGUUCCUCACCUCGCUGCAGGUGUGCAUCAACGCGUAUGGAUCCUCAGUAAAGGUGGCAAUAACCUACUCCAUGUUGUGGCGAUUGGUUAAAGCAAAGGACCUUCUUGACCAGCUAGACUUGCGCUGCACUUCUAUGGAAGAGCGCGAAAAGAUCCACCGCGUGGUGGCGCGCAGCAAUCACGCCUUUCUAAUCUUCACCUUCGUUUACUGUGGCUAUGCCGGUUCCACUUACCUCAGCUCGGUACUCAGCGGAAGGCCUCCGUGGCAGCUCUACAACCCGUUCAUUGAUUGGCACGAUGGCACAGCGAAGCUUUGGAUGGCCUCCACGCUGGAGUACAUCGUGAUGUCAGGGGCAGUGCUGCAGGACCAGCUUUCAGACACCUACCCGCUGAUCUACACUCUUAUCCUGCGUGCUCACAUGGACAUGUUGAAGGAGCGCAUCCGCCGUCUCCGCACCGACGAGACUCUCAGUGAAAGUGAGAACUACGAGGAGCUGGUCAAAUGUGUCAUGGACCACAAGCUGAUCCUAAAGUACUGUGCCCUCAUCAAGCCCGUCAUAUCCGGCACCAUAUUCACGCAGUUCCUGCUUAUAGGACUCGUGCUGGGCCUCACGCUGAUCAACGUAUUCUUCUUUUCGGACAUUUGGACAGGCAUUGCCUCCUUCAUGUUCAUAAUCACCAUUCUUUUGCAGACAUUUCCCUUUUGCUACACUUGCAACAUGAUCAUGGAGGACUGUGAGGCUUUGACCCACGCAAUAUUUCAGUCUAAUUGGGUGGACGCCAACCGACCAUAUAAGACUACGCUGCUGUAUUUCCUCCAGAACGUUCAGCAACCCAUCGUCUUCAUAGCCGGAGGCAUAUUCCAGAUAUCAAUGAGCAGCAACAUCAGCGUGGCCAAGUUCGCCUUUUCAGUAAUAACUAUCACCAGGCAAAUGAACAUAGCUGACAAAUUUAAGGAAGAAUAA